GACCCUCCGCGUUCUGUUCGAAGGCGGAACGGAGAGAACGGUACAAGAGGAAACUAUGCUCGUGGACGAAAAUACUUGGCAGUUUUCGGUUUAGAACGAUAGAAGAAUCGUUUCAGUUUAAGCGACGAAGAAAUUGCUGAGAGGAAAAGAGGAAUUUGCUCUAGAUUACGACGAUGCCCAGAAGAUCGAUGGAUCUGUGCAAGUGGCUGUUCCUGGCGGGACUGGUGUGCUGUUCGUCCUGCCAAAGCGUUUCGUCCACUUUCGAAAACAGGACCGGUCAAGCGGAGAGCAAACCGCGCGUAUUCUCACCCCGCAUGGACUACGACGAGUGGACGCCGCUGGGUCGCGGCGAUCCCCUCAAGAACAAUCCUACCUUCGACUACGUGCCUCCGGUUCUCGACAGAGUUCAAUACUGGCUGGACUCUCACACCACCGAACCUUCCGCGAAGCGAGACAUUCUCGUUCUGGGAGUGACCGCGAAAAAGACCAGCCCGAAAAUUCCGGAACAAUUUCUCAAGUUUGUCGACGGACCGAAAUUCACCAGAUCGAAUCAGGAGGUUUCGUACAGGAACGAGUUUACCGGCAGCACCGGCGCCGAACCUCCGAAAGUAGUACGAACAACGAAUUUCAGAAACGGACCGAUCGACUACAGAAAUCAGAAUCGCAUUCAGUCGAUACCGGCCAGCUAUUAUCCCAGUCCGUUUUACGAUCAGAAGACGAAACCGUAUACGAUGAUGUUGCCGCCUCCGUUGACCCAGAAGGACAAGAUCGUCAGCUUCGUCGAGCCUACUCAACAGUUCAGCACGCAAACGGAGGAGGGUCCGGUGUCCCUUCAAGGGUCACAGUUCUACGCGGUGCCCGCGAACAAUUACGGUCAACAGCAAUCGUACAAGAACGCGUCCAAGCCUCCGAACAAGGGUCAGCUACUCUCGCAGGUGGAAACGAUCAAGAGCGCGUACGCUCCAUCCUCUCCGCAGCCUACGAAAUCGAGAUACGAGAGCGCGACGACCCCUUCGGUUUCCUUCGAGAAAUCGAAUUUGAUUUAUCAAUCGACUCAAACGCUUUCUGGUGGAUGGCCAGGUAGCAACGGCCCCUCGUCGACGCCGACCAUCUCCGACGCGAAGCAAUCCACUUGGCAGACUCCGGAUUAUUCUCGCGACCAGUACGAAGUCGACCACCACGCAGCCGCGUCGUCCAACCACGAAGUGGUGGUUGAACAGAACGCGAACAUCAUCGUCGACGGGGAUAGCAACGAGAACGAGGAAGUGGUGGUAGGACAGAAGGAAGCGUCCUCGACGUUGGGGAACGUCGUACGCUCGACCACCGAUUCCUCGAACGACGCGAAGAACACGGAAGAGGAAACGUCGACCGGUCAACCUUCCGAGAAGAUGCACAUCGUCGUCGCCAAUUCACCCUCCAGUUUGGACGCGGAAGGACACGCGAACAACGGGCCCGUGGCCGUGGUGAUGCCGACCAAUUACUCGGAUAAGAGGCUCAACGACACCGUUCGAACCUCGGAAACGAUCGCGCCAACUUUCAGCGUUCCGGGAAACUGGACCACCGCGGAAACGGAACCGACCAACGGAACUUUCUUCAAAACGGAGUCGCAACCGAUUAGAAAUUCGGUGAACGGUUCCCCGAUUUUCCCGGAAGAUUCUAGGACAGCGAAUCUACCGAAUAGGAUGGUCCCACCGCCUCAACAACGUCAGCGUUUCCAACCGACGAUGGCUCCGUUCCCUUCCAGACACCCCGUCAACGCUCUGUCAGUGUUCGGCCCUCCGCAAGCGCCUCUCUCCUCGAUGAUGCACCCUCAUCAGUCCAGACCUAACCACGGAACGAUGCACUUUCUCGGUAGCGUGCGCCCGAACGUCCCCUUCCGGCUACCGGGAUCGAUGCCGAUGUUCCCGCCGAUGACUCACGUGCACGCGCCCCCUGUCAAGCCGACGACCAAUCACGCGAUGCUUCCAUCCGUAGCUAUGGAUCACAGGAUGCCCCAGAGUCAAGAUUUUCCGACGAUGAUCGUCGAUUCGCCGGCUACGUCGUUGAUGGCGGAGGAUCACUCGUUCGAGGAUCACAGGUCUCGUAUGCCGGACAUCACCGCGACGAUCACUACGCCCACUCCGUUCUUGCCGACCGUGUCUUCGGUCGAGAAUUCGCCUGUCACCUUUGCUCCGACCGAGCACUCUUCGGUCCCGGAAACGACCACCGCUGUCGAGGAAGAGAAAAACGGUUGGGAAGCGUCGUCCACGUCGUCGCCUUCCGGUCAACCUUCGACGACACCGUCCUCGCAAAUUACCACCGUGCCGAGCUUGACCACCGAUCCUAUUUUCUCGCAUUACAAGCAACCGGCCAAACCCAUCCGAGGACCGAUGUACCUUAUCAUUCAAGGCCACUCGAAGGUGAAGACGUACAAACCCAUGGUCAGCAAGCACAGCGUGCCGGUGGAGAUGAACGAGGUGACGGAAAGACAGCUGUCCAAGUUCGAGCAGUUCAUCGAGGAGAACACGAAGCGGGGAAACGCGAAUGCGGCGACGUCGGAAAAAAAGAAAGCCGAGGAGAAGGCACGAGCGGAGAAGAUCGCUCGGGUUCGUCAGAACAGUUUGAUGAGCCUGGUCGAGAGCGGAUUGGACAGUUUCACCUUGUCGCCUUCCUCUUCCGCGACGGAGGACGAGCACCGGGCGAACGCCGUGACCACCAUCGAGAUCGAAAAUUAAACCGCGACACCGUGCCGUGUCGGCGGGAACGAACUGUACGUCGUUGAGACAACGAUCGUUUCGUUGAAAUUUCUCGUUACGUUACGAUUUUUGCGUUAUUUAUUGUCUCGAUCGCGUUACUUCGGGACGGCGUUCGCAGAGGCUCGCCGCGGUGGACUCGCGUUCGAUUUCGCCACGGUCUCAUCCUUCGCAAGAGGAGACACGCCAAUUUCUAAUGUGCCAGUAUACGCAUACGCAUGCACGCGCUCGCGCGUACAUCCGUAUGUACGCGUACGCGUAUAUCAAAAUAUUUAUACGUCACCGGUCGUGACGCGACCAAGGAUUCGCUC